UUUCAAGUACGCAUCUCAUUAUCCAAUAUGUUGUUGUUUUCUCUGCAGCGACUGUUCUGUUGCUAAGGAUUUACUCCCCCGUCGUUCUAUAGUUUGUUCUGCUUCUUAGCAAAUUUUCAAGGGAAAAAUGGACGUUCUUGUUGGCAUUGUCGGAUCUCUUGUUGGCAAAGCUGUUGAGUAUGCUGUUUAUCCCACUGCACGACAACUUAGUUACGUAUUCAAGCCCAGAAGCAAGUUUCAGAACCUCCGGAGAAAAGUUCAAGACCUAAAGGAUGAAAGAGAAAGGGUGCAACAAUCUGUUGAAGCGUCUAACAGGAAUGGGGAGGUGAUUUUUGUGAAUGUUCAAAGUUGGUUGGAAGCGGUGAAUGAGAAGAUCUCCGAGGAUGCUGCAACACAAUUGCAAAAGGAUGAAGAGAAAGCAAUGAAGAGGUGUUUUGCUGGAUUUUGCCCUGAUUUCAAGUCCAGUUACCAACUUAGCAAGAAAGCGGACAAGGAGGCUAAUGCCAUAGCUCAACUCUUGAUCCAAAAGGAAAACUUUGAUGGAGUUUCCUACCUUCCUGCAAUUGAAGCGAUAGACACUAUCAGACCUGUCGAAGAGUACGAGGCCUUCGAAUCAAGAAACCACGCUUUCGAUGAGAUCAUGAUUGCAUUGGAAGAUGAUAGAGUCAGCAUAAUCGGAGUGUACGGUAUGGGGGGUGUGGGUAAAACCACACUCGUCAAAGAGGUCGCUGGAAAAGCCAACGAGAGACAGCUUUUUAGCGAAGUGGUAUUGCUUACAAUAAAGCAAACACCAGACAUGCAGAAGAUCCAGGAGGAGAUUGCUGAGAAGCUAGGCAUGACAAUCAGCGAGAACAACAUAGAUGUGAGAGCCGCUCGACUUCGUGAAAGACUAGGGAAAGAGAACAGGGUUCUUGUUAUUUUGGAUGAUAUUUGGAAGUUCCUGGAUAUCAGGGCACUCGGAAUUCCUUCAGCAGACCAACACAAGGGAUGCAAGAUCUUAAUAACUUCAAGGAAGCUAUUUGUAUUGAAGUCGAUGGGUUCUCAAAAAAGACUUCCAAUUGAUGUACUGAAAGAAGAUGAAGCAUGGAAUCUGUUUAAGUACGCGGCUGGUCCUAUCGCUGAAAGAUCUGACUUGCAAUCUACAGCAAUGAAAGUGUCCAAAAAAUGUGCAGGACUGCCACUCGCUAUUACAACAGUUGCAAAGGCUUUGAAACAUAAAGAGAAUUUAUAUGAAUGGAAGGAUGCUCUGGAGCAGCUAAAACCCUCUGAAAUAAACUCCGAAGGCAUAACAGCUGAAGCAUAUUCAGCCAUAGAGAUGAGCUACAGAUAUUUGGAAAGGGAGGAACUUAAAUACACUUUCUUGCUCUGCUGUAUAAUGGGCCAUAAUGCUGUCUUCGAAGACUUGCUGAAAUAUUGUUGGGGCUUGGGUUUAUUUCAUGGCCUUGGCACGAUGGAAAAAGUGCGCAACAGAGUGUUGACACUGGUUAACGAGCUCAGAGACUCUUCCCUGUUACUUGCUGGUUCUACACCAGAAAGCUUUGAUAUGCAUGAUGUUGUCCGCGAUAUUGCCAUUUCAAUUGCUUCUAGGGACGACCGUCGUUGGCUUGCUUUAGGAAAGGAAGAUGUAUUUGAAGAGUGGGAGGAUACAAUGAGAAACUCUCAUCUUGUUAGCUUAAAAUAUGCUAAGGUUAGUCAGCUCCCGGAUGAGUUGGAAUGUCCAAACCUUACAUUUUUCUCCAUGCAUGGCUCUGUGGAAGUUCCUAAUCCCUUUUUCAAGGGAAUGCAAAGACUCAAUGUCUUGGAAUUUACUGGAACAAAUUUUACAACUUUACCAUCCUCCCUUGGUUUCUUGAAAACUCUCUGUACAUUGCGUUUGAUAGGCUGUGAUGUAGAAGAUAUAGUCAUCUUAGGAGAGUUGGAAAAUUUGGAAAUCCUUGAUCUCCGUAGAUCUAGAAUGGAUAUGCUACCAAAGGAGAUAGGACAUUUGACCAAGCUAAAAUUAUUAGACUUGAGUAGUUGCGUCUUCCUUAAAUUAAUAUCGCCAAAUGUGUUGUCAAAGUUAUCCAAAUUAGAAGAACUAUACCUAUACAAUAGCUUUGAUGGAUGGGAGAUUGAGGGAAUUGAGAAUCCAAGAAGCAAAGCUAGUCUUAUGGAGUUGCAGCAUUUGUCUCGUCUAGCAACUUUGGAAGUACAUAUUCCUAAUGCGGAAGCUAUACCAAAGGAAUACUUGUUUCUCGAAAAGAUGGGAAGGUUCAAGAUUUCAAUCGGAGAUAAGAAGUGGGAUUCUUAUGAUGACAGAGGGAUGGAAACAUCAAGAAUGUUGAAGCUGGAGAUUAAUAAAAGUAUUGAUUUGGUUGAAGGCAUAUAUAAAUUGUUGUCCAGAAAAAUUGAAAGUCUAUAUCUGCAUGGAUGGAAAGAUGUUGUGGAAAGGCUUUGCGAUCUAAAUGCUGAAUCUUUUGAGCAAUUAAGAUUCAUAAAAGUCGAGAAUUGCAAUAUGUUGAAGAAUUUGUUCUCAUUCUCCAUAGCGAAAAGACUUCACCAACUCGAAGAACUUGAGGUAUCCAAUUGCACCAAUAUGAAGGCAUUAAUUGUUGAAAAGGAAGAGAUUAGAGAGAAUGACACUUUGAAACUUGAUAAAUUACGCAUCUUGAAGUUGUAUAGACUGAAUGGCUUGUGGUAUAUAGAAAACACAUUUCAAUCCGUCACAUGGCUUUUUGUUAAAAAGGUUUCGUGUCCUGCCUUGGAAGAGUUGUACUUGAGCUCAAUAGGUGGCAUUGAGAAAAUAUGGCAUAUUGAUGUUCAAUUUCCAUUAAUGUCUUUUGGUGUUCAAAGUUUAAAAAGUUUGGUAGUGUACCGAUGCCAUAAGUUGAAGUAUAUAUUUACUUCAUCCAUGGUUAAAAGCUUUGUGCAUCUGAAAACACUUCAGGUUUCAUUUUGUAAUGAAAUGGAAUGGGUAACAGAGGGAAUAUUAGAGGCAACCGAAGAAGAAAGGAUUGGAAGAAUAAGUGUGUUCCCUAAACUAGACAAUUUGGAACUCAUUUUUCUUCCAAAACUGAAAGGAUUUUGCUUUGGAAUUAAUCCGAUUGAGUUUCCCUCGCUAAGGGAUUUAACAAUAACUGGAUGCUCUGAUUUGAACGCAUUCGUUUUUUAUAAUGGAAAGAGCAGAGAAGUGGUACCAUAUAUCUUCCAUGAAAAGUGUACGUUUCCAAAUCUACAUCAACUCACUUUGGGAGAGAAUGCUGGAACGAAAGACAUCAUAUGUCAUUGUGAAGGCCAACAACAACAGCAACUUUUGUCUCAUUACUUUGGCAACCUAAAAGUCAUCAAACUUGGGGAGCAUCAUAAGCAAUUAUUGCCAUCUUACUUGUUCCCGUUAUUAGCCUUACCCAAUCUUCAAACACUCGAAAUAGGGUCGUCUGAUUUUAAAGAGAUGGUAUUCCAAAGUGAAGAAGGUGGUGAGGAAAAGCCUGCAUCGCUGCUACUCUCUCAGAUAACUGAAUUAAGGCUGAACUUUCUUCUCGCAUUGAUGCAUCUAUGGAAGGAAAAGGAAGGAUUCCCAAAUCUAAGGAUUUUGGAUGUUGUCAGGUGCGAUAAUUUAAAAGGUAAUCUAGUUCCAUCAUCGGUAUCUUUUCGAAAUCUGGUGACUUUGAAAGUAUAUGGAUGUGAUGGAAUCAUAAAAUUAAUUACACAUCCCACAGCCAAAAGUCUAGUGCAGCUCAAACAAAUGAGUAUAUCCUUUUGCGGAAAUAUAGAGGAGAUAAUUCAAGGUGGGGACGAUGAUGAUGAUGAAAUUAGUUUCCCCCAACUCAACCGUUUGGAACUUGAUAAUCUACGAAAGCUAGAAAGCUUCUGCUCAUCAGGGAAUUAUACUUUUUCAUUCCCAUCCUUGGAAAUUCUAGUUGUAGAUAAUUGCCCGAAGAUGAAGAUGUUCUCUCUAGGACACUCAAACACUCCAAACAAAGUACAAAUAAGCAAGGAAUGGAGUCUAUGGGGAAGAGAAGAAGUACAUUGGGAAGGCAGCCUUAACAGCACCAUACAGCAGUUAUUCAGACAAAAGCGUGUCAUGAUCGAAGAAUGUGAGAAUUCUAAAGAAGAUCAAAGCAAGCCUUCAACUUCUAACACCCAAAAUCCAAGAAGCAAAGCUAGUCUUAUGGAGUUGCAGCAUUUGUCUCGUCUGACCACUUUGGAAGUACAUAUUCCUGAUGUGGAACCCAUACCAAAUGAUAUCUUGUUUCUCGAAAAGAUGAGAAGGUUCAAGAUUUCAAUCGGAGAUAAGAAGUGGAGUUGGUUUGACUUUGUUGACAGAGGGAUGGAAACAUCAAGAAUGUUGAAGCUGAAGAUUAAUAAAAGUAGUGAUUUGGUCGAAGGCAUUUAUAAAUCGUUAUCCAGAAAAACUGAAAGUCUACGUCUGCAAGGAGGUGAAGAUGUUGUGGAAAGGCUUUGCGAUCUAAAUGCUGAAUCUUUUGAGCAAUUAAGAUUCAUAAAAGUCGAGAAUUGCAAUGUGUUGAAGAAUUUGUUCUCAUUCUCCAUAGCAAAAAGACUUUGCCAACUCGAAGAACUUGAGGUAUCCAACUGCGCCAAUAUGAUAGCAGUAAUUGUUGAAAAGGAAGAGAUUAGAGAGAAUGAGACUUUGAAAUUUGAUAAAUUACGCAUCUUGAAGUUGAAUGCUCUGUGGUAUAUAGAAAAUACAUCUCAAUCCGUCACAUGGCUUUUUGAUAAAAAGGUUUCGUGUCCUGCCUUGGAAGAGUUGGAGUUGAUAGCAAUCGGUGGCAUUGAGAAAAUAUGGCAUAUUGAUGAUCACCUUUCUGGAAUAUAUUUUAGUGUUCAAAGUUUAACAAAUUUGGAAGUGAGGAAUUGCCAUAAGUUGAAGUAUGUAUUUACUUCAUCCAUGGUUAAAAGCUUUGUGCAUCUGAAAACACUUGGGGUUUCUUAUUGUGAUGAAAUGGAAUGGGUAAUAGAGGGAAUAUUAGAGGCAACCGAAGAAGAAAGGAUUGACGCAAGCAUAAGUGUGUUCCCUAAACUGUACUCUUUGGAACUCAAUUUUCUUCGAAAAUUGAAAGGAUUUUGUUUUGGAAUUAAUCCGAUUGAGUUUCCCUCGCUAAGGGAUUUAACGAUAACUGGAUGUUCUGAUUUUAACGCAUUCAUUUUUGAUAAUGGAAAGAGCAGAGCAGUGGUACCAGAUAUCUUCCAUGAAAAGUGUAUGUUUCCAAAUCUACACCAACUCACUUGGGCAAGGAAUGCUGGAAUGAAAGACAUCAUAUGUCAUUGCGAGGGCCAACAACAACAGCAACUUAUGUCUCAUCACUUUGGCAACCUAAAAGUCAUCAGACUAUGGGGGUAUGAUAAGCAAUUAUUGCCAUCUUACUUGUUCCGGUUAUUGGCCUUACCCAAUCUUCAAACACUCCAAAUAAGAGUUUCUUGUUUCAAAGAGAUGGUAUUCCAAAGUGAAGAAGGUGGUGAGGAAAAGCCUGCAUCGCUGCUACUCUCUCAGAUAACUGAAUUAAGGCUGGAUUUUCUUCGUGAAUUGAUGCAUCUAUGGAAGGAAAAGGAAGGAUUCCCAAAUCUAAGGAUUUUGCAUGUUGACACCUGCUCUAAUUUAAAAGCCAAAAGUCUAGUGCAGCUCAAACAAAUGAGUAUAUCCUUUUGCGGAAAUAUAGAAGAGAUAAUACAAGGUGGGGACGAUGAUGAUGAUGAAAUCAGUUUCCCCCAACUCAACCGUUUGGAACUUCUUAAUCUACCAAAGCUAGAAAGCUUCUGCUCAUCAGGGAAUUAUACCUUUUCAUUCCCAUCCUUGGAAGAUCUAGUUGUACAAGAUUGCCCGAAGAUGAAGAUGUUCUCCCAAGGGCACUCAAACACUCCAAUGUUACACAAAGUACGGUUAUAUAUUUGGAGAACUGACGGGCAUAUUCGGGAAGGCAGCCUUAACAGCACCAUACAACAACUAUUCAGACAAAAGCAUGCCAUGAUAGAGGAAGGUGAAAAUCUUGAAGAAGAUCAAAGCAAUCCUUCCACUUCUAACACCCAAAAUCUCACAGAGGAAGUGGAAAAUUCCACAAAAGAUAAAGGCAAUUCUUCAGCUUCUUUCUUCGAAUGACCUGAAUCAAUGUAUGGUAGCAGAAAAUCAAUUGAUGCGAAUGCUGCUCUUUCUAUUUUUUACGACUUGAUUGAAGUUUGAUGGGUUGCGAAGAUUGAAUGAGUGUUUGAAGGUUAAAAACAUGGAUUUGAUAGAACUUCUAAUUAACAAAUUUUCCAUCUUUACUAUUUUUUUCUCUUUGCAAUGUUGUUUGAUUGGUUCUAAUGUUUGUGACGAAUAGCAUAGGUUGUGUGGCAAAGUAUGCAAUUUAUGUAACGAAGAUUCGUGAUCUAUAUAUAUUUGUAAAUAUAUAUUUGUA